AUUCAUUUCACCCAUAUUUCCCCAAGUCCUGAGGAACUCCAAAUUACACUUUUCUCCCCGCGGAAAUCAGUCACUGUCGCCGGAAAACAUGUAUUUGGCUUCUUUUUGCCGGUGACUUAUUUACUCCGAUAACCAUUGAAAUAAAUGAUUAAUGGAGCUCAUAUGGUGUAUUUGCUAUGAAAAGGCAAAAACGAUAUGCUUCCUUGUUCGAGUUUUUUCCGGCAGAUGGUUAAGUUUGAAGUGAAAUUUACAGUUUAUUCGAUGACAGUGGUAAUUGAUGAAUUGUGUAAAAUGGGGGAGUUUCAUAAGGCAAGAAAGUUCAUGGAUGGAAAAUUUGUGAAACCAAAUAAUUGCACUUAUAAAAAACUAUUAAAUACAUGUAUAAAGAAACCAGAUUUUUUGAUUGUGAAGGUAAUUUUGAGGACAAUGGAGAAGGAAGGAUGGGAUUUCGACCCGAAAAGUUAUACACUUCUGAUUAAACGUUAUUCAACUUUUGGAGAAUUUGGAGAAAUGAAGAGAUUAUUUAUGGAAAUUGAAGAGAAGGGUGUAAAGCCAGAUGUUCAUUUAUACACAUCUAUGAUUAGUGGUUAUUGUAAGUUAGGUAAUGUUAGAAAGGCAUAUCAAGUGUUCGACGAAAUGACUGAGAGAGGUCUUGUUCCUGAUGGUCACACAUAUGGGGCUUUGAUAAAUGGUUUGUGCAAGGCUGGACUAAUGCAAGAAGCUGAAGUUCUGGUUAAUGAGAUGCAAAGCAAGGGAAUUUGGAUUAAUCGAGCUAUAUUUAAUACUAUGAUGGAUGGUUAUUGUAAGCAGGGUAAUGUUGAUGAAGCGUUGAGGUUACAGAGAAUUAUGGAGGAUGAAGGACAUGAGCCUGAUGCAAAUGCUUACAAUAUAAUUGCUACUGGCCUGCGUAAGCUAGAUUUGCAUGACGAGGCAAAGAGGUUGUUGCUCUCAAUGGUGGAUCGAGGUGUAGCUCCAAAUGUAUUGGCUUAUACGUCUUUGAUUGAUAUUUACUGCAAGCAGGGUGAUUUUUUUGAAGCAAAAAGGAUACUUAGUGAGAUGGAAACUAAGGGAAUUAAGCCUAGCACGGGAACGUACAACGCCCUGAUAGAUGGUUAUUUCAAGCACGGAAAUUUUAUUGAAGCAAAAAGGGCACUUAUUGAGAUGGAAACUAAAGGAGUUAAGCCUAACACGACAACAUACACUGCACUGAUAGAUGGUUAUUGUAAGCAAGGAGAUUUUGUUAAAGCUAAAAGGACACUUAUUGAGAUGGAAAGUAAUGGAGUUAUGCCUAACACCAAUACAUACACUGCGCUAAUAGAUGGUUAUUGCCAGAAAGGUAUGAUGAAUGAAGCUUAUAAGCUAAGAAUUGUCAUGGAAUCUAAGGACUUGAUACCUAACGUCUAUACAUACACCUCACUUGUACACGGGGAAUGCAAAUCAGGAAAUGUUGAUGAUGCUCUGAAGCUUUUCAACGAGAUGCCUACAAAGGGUUUAGUUCCGAAUGUUGUGACUUACACAGCAGUGAUUUCUGGCUUAUCAAAAGAAGGCAGAUCAGGUGAAACCCUCCGAUUAUACAAUCAGAUGAUAGAGGCAGGCGUAAUACCCGAUGCUGCUGCAUACUCUGCACUUAGUUUUUUGGCGGGACAACUGUAGUUGCAAAGGUCCUCUAGCCAAUGAUUACCAUGAAACAGAGAAGAGUACUGAGACUCUAGUAAGACAUUUCAUUACCAAUGGAACUUGGGACAAUGCAAAGAUGCAGAGCAUCCUAUGAGAUAGCACAAUUCAGCAUAUCAAGACCAUUGGAAUUGGCAAGUAUGACACUCAAGACAAGGUCUUUUGGGACCUCACAGAAGAUGGGAAAUAUUCCAACAAUUCAACUUGGAGUUAGAUUUGACAAAGGAAACCAACAGAUCACUAUUGCUCAGGUAUGGAACAUCGGAACUCCAACAUUCCUUUUAAGAUCUCAUUUUUCGUUUGGAAAUUCUGGCAGGGCAAACUUUCCUUUGACAAAGUCAUAAGCAGAUUUAAUAUUCUGAAGGAUACUCUAUGCAACUUUUGCAUUUUCCCUAAGAAGAUAAUCAAUGCAACAUGUUCCUCUUCAUGGAAAGGCCUCAAUAUGUGUGGAAGCACUUUGGACGGCCACUGGGAAUCAGAAUUUACAACUGGUGGAAUCAAAAAUCAAAUAACUCCAUCCACUAGCUAGUUCUUCAAACUAUACCAGGCCUUAUCUGUUUGGAGAUUCGGAAACAAAGGUCCGAGUGUAGUAAUAUGGAGGCAAAAUGAAUUUCAACAGAUGUAUGAUGAUCCAACAGGUUGGCUGGAACAUUCAGAGUACAAUUGCUAAAGCUUAUCCAAAAGUUGGUUCAACAUUACCUUGGAUCACUCUUUGUGAAAAACUUGUGAAUCUGAAACCUGUCUCAAACCUUUCUAUUGUAUGCUGGAAGUUCCCUGAAAAUGGCGUCCUUAAAUUGAAAACUGACGGAAGCUACUGCUCAGCUAGUGGAAAAUCUGGUAUGAGGGGAGUUUUGAGGGGUGAUAGAGGCAAUCUCAUCUUGGCUUUCUCCUCACCUUCGAGUUGUUGCAGCAGCACAUAAGCAGAAGCUAAGGCUGCCAGUUAUGGACUUAAGCCUCUGCCUUCUGAAAAAUCUGAAGUACUUCACCAAAUAGACAGACUCUUUGAUCCUAUUUCCGAUGGUUGUGAACAACCAGCAAUCCAACUACAAGCUGAAUUUCAUUAUUGAGGAGAUAUAACAAAGAAUGAAACAAGCUAAGGGCAAAAGGGCCUUUCUAUUUGGAUAAAUGUUAAUUUUAUAUUGUGAUAAAUAUGCAUAUUCCAAAGAUUUCAAUGUAAGAAAGAGAUAAUAUAAUGUAAAAUUCAAUGAAAUGUCUUCAUG